CCAUUGUAUCAGUGCAUUAGCGUAUUGUCGUGUUUCUUGAGGAAGUGGAUGAUGCGGUCAAAAGUGUUCGAUGAAAUGUCUCAGUGAUAUUUGAUCUUCUUCAGGCACGAUAUCAUCACUCAAAUUUGAAGCUUCAUCUUCUCCAACUCGCGACGGACAAUUCUUCAUGUGGUGCCUACCAUCUGUUCGACCUAAUGUCUCUGUGAUGAUGAUCAAGUCUUCUUUCCAUCAUCAUCCUCCGAUACUCAAACUCACUUGUAAAUUCUCAACCACGACCACUUCCUCCCCCUAUCUUCCUCCUUUAUUCAGCAUCGCCCCAAUGAUGGAAUGGACAGAUAAUCAUUACCGGACGCUUGCUCGCCUCAUAACAAAGCACGCUUGGCUUUACACAGAGAUGAUUGCCGCUCAAACUAUUGUUCACCAGCAGAACAAUUUGGACAAGUUCUUAGCUUUCUCUCCUCAACAACAUCCUAUUGUUCUUCAAAUCGGUGGGAGCAAUGUGGAAAGCCUUACAAAAGCUGCUAAGCUUGCUGAUGCUUACGGAUACGACGAAAUCAAUCUCAACUGUGGAUGCCCUAGUCCUAAAGUAGCCGGCCAUGGAUGCUUUGGUGUUAGCCUCAUGCUCAACCCUAAGCUUGUUGGAGAUGCAAUGUCUGCCAUCGCCGACAAUACUAACGUCCCUGUUACUGUGAAAUGUCGAAUUGGUGUGGACGAUCAUGAUUCCUAUGAUGAGCUCUGUGACUUUGUUUACAAGGUUUCUACUCUGUCACCAACCCGGCAUUUCAUUGUACAUUCACGCAAGGCACUGCUUGGUGGGAUUAGCCCUGCAGAUAAUCGGAGAAUCCCUCCUUUAAAGUACGAGUAUUACUAUGCCCUUGUGCGUGACUUCCCGGACUUGAGAUUCACAAUUAAUGGAGGCAUUACUUCUAUAUCUAUGGUAAACGCUUCAUUGAAGGAAGGAGCUCAUGGAGUCAUGGUAGGCCGCGCUGCAUACAACAACCCAUGGCAGACACUAGGACAUGUUGACACUGCAGUUUAUGGUGUUCCAAGCAGUGGCCUUACACGGCGACAGGUUCUUGAGCAAUAUCAAGUAUACGGAGAUGCUAUCUUGGGAACACAGGGAAACGGGAGGCCUAAUGUAAGGGAUCUAGUGAAGCCUCUGCUAAACAUUUUCCACUCAGAGAAUGGAAAUAGCUUGUGGAAGCGAAGAGCAGACGCUGCUUUCAGAGAGUGCAAGACGGUUGGAUCAUUGCUGGAAGAAAGCUUGAAGGCGAUCCCAGACUCUGUCUUAGAUUCACCGAUUGCUGUGAGUCCAGAAAGUGGAGAAGAAGAUGUGUUUGCUGAUGUGCAUAAUGUAUUGCCACCUCCCUACAAAGCUCAAGAACAACAACUCAUCUUAUGUGCUUAGUUGGUUUGGUUAGUUGUCUUUGUGUGUGGUAUUUUUUGGAGCAAAGCUUCUUCUAUUGAUGUAUUUAUGCGUUUCACAGGAAUGCAGAAUGAUACACAUGUUGCAUCUAAAA